AUGGGGUCACAAAAAAGUGUACCUUCAAGGAACCAUUCUCUGAGCUCUUAUGAAAUCAUGUUGGGAGUUCUCUUUGGCACAUUAGUGGUGCUCUGUGUUGGAUUAAUUGCAGUAUGCUGGCUGGCAAUCAUGGAAUCAGAAAGAGAUGCAGCAUUUGGACAAAGUCAUGAAGCCAAAGGGACAUUUAAAAUAACAUCUGGAGCUACGUAUAGUCCUAAUUUGCAAGACACACUGUCAGUGGAUUUCAAAGUUCUCGCCUUUGACCUUCAGCAAUUGAUAGAUGACAUCUUUCAAUCAAGCAAUUUAAAGAAUGAAUAUAAAAACUCAAGAGUUUUACAUUUUGAAAAUGGCAGCAUUAUAGUCAUAUUUGACCUUUUCUUUGCCCAGUGGGUGUCAGAUAAAAAUGUAAAAGAAGAACUGAUUCAAGGCAUUGAAGCAAAUAAAUCCAGCCAACUGGCCACUUUCCAUAUUGAUUUGAACAGCAUUGAUAUCUCAGCAUCUUUAGAGACUUCUUCUACAGUGAGCCCUGCAAAAACUUCAGGAAAUGUCUCAAUAGAGUGCCUGCCUGGUUUAAGGCCUUGUGCUGAUGCUUUAGAGUGUAUAGCAAUUGAUUUAUUUUGUGAUGGAGAGUUAAACUGUCCAGAUGGUUCUGAUGAAGACAACACAAUUUGUGCCACAGCUUGUGAUGGAAGAUUUUUGUUGACUGGAUCAUCUGGGUCUUUCCAGGCUGCCCAAUAUCCAGAGCCUUCCAACCCGACUGUUUGCCAGUGGAUCAUAAGUGUAAACCAAGGACUUUCCAUUGAACUGAACUUCAGUUUUCUUAAUGUGUAUAAUCCAGAUUUAUUAAGUAUUUAUGAAGGUGUAGGAUCAAGCAAAAUUUUGAGAGCUUCCAUUUUGGAAAAUAAUCCUGGCACAAUUAGGAUUUUUUCCAACCAAGUUACUGUCACCUUUCUUAUAGAAUCUGAUGAAAAUGAUUAUGUUGGCUUUAUUGCAACAUAUGCUACAUUUAACAGCAGUGAGCUUAAUAAUUAUGAGAAAAUUAACUGUAAUUUUGAGGAUGGCUUUUGUUUCUGGAUCCAGGACCUAAAUGAUGAUAAUGAAUGGGAAAGGGUACAGGGAACUACCUUUCCUCCUUUUACAGGACCAAAUUUUGACCACACUUUUGGCAAUAUUUCAGGAUUUUACAUUUCUACUCCAACUGGACCAGGAGGGAGACAAGAAAGAGUGGGACUUUUAAGCCUUCCUUUGGACCCCACAUUGGAACCAGUCUGCCUUAGUUUCUGGUAUUAUAUGUAUGGUGAAAAUGUCUAUAAAUUAAACAUUAAUGUCAGCAGUGACCAAAACAUGGAGAAAACAAUUUUCCACAAGGAAGGAAAUUAUGGAGAAAAUUGGAAUUAUGGACAAGUAACAUUAAAUGAAACAGUUGAAUUUAAGGUUGCUUUUAAUGCCUUUAAAAAACAGUACCUAAGUGAUAUAGCAUUGGAUGACAUUAGCCUAACACAUGGGAUUUGCAAUGAGAGUCUUUAUCCAGAACCAACUUUGAUCCCAACUCCUACACCAGAACUUCCUACGGAUUGCGGAGGACCUUUUGAACUGUGGGAGCCAAAUACAACAUUCAGUUCUACGAACUUUCCAAACAGCUACCCUAAUCAGGCUUUCUGUGUUUGGAUUUUAAAUGCACAAAAGGGAAAAAACAUACAACUUCAUUUUCAAGAAUUUGACUUAGAAAAUAUUGAAGAUGUAGUUGAAAUCAGAGAUGGAGGAGAAGAUGAUUCCUUGUUUUUAGCUGUGUACACAGGGCCUGGUCCAGUAGAGGAUGUGUUCUCUACCACCAAUAGAAUGACUGUGCUUUUAAUCACUGACAGCAGUGUGGCUAAAGGAGGAUUUAAAGCAAACUUCACUACUGGCUAUAACUUGGGUAUUCCAGAGCCCUGCAAGGAAGACAAUUUUCAGUGCGAAAACGGAGAGUGUGUUCCAUUGGUGAAUCUCUGUGAUGGUUACCCACACUGUGAGGAUGGCUCAGAUGAAGCACAUUGUGUGCGUCUUUACAAUGGCACAAUGAACAACAAUGGUUUGGUGCAGUUCAGAAUCCAGAGCAUAUGGCAUACAGCUUGCGCUGAGAACUGGACCACCCAGAUUUCAGAUGAUGUUUGUCAGCUGAUGGGACUAGCGAGUGGAAACUCAUCAACGCCAAUCGCCUCAACCGAAGGUGGACCAUUUGUUAAAUUGAGCACAGCACCUAAUGGCAGUUUAAUAAUAACACCCAGUCAAGAGUGUCUAGAGGAUUCCCUGAUUCUGUUGCAAUGUAACCAUAAAUCUUGUGGGAAAAAACUGGUGGCUCGGGAAGUCACCCCAAAGAUUGUUGGAGGAAGUGAUGCCAAAGAAGGGGCCUGGCCUUGGCUUGUCGCUCUGUAUUAUAAUGGCAGACUGCUCUGUGGCGCAUCUCUUGUCGGCAGUGACUGGCUGGUGUCUGCCGCACACUGCGUGUAUGGGAGAAAUUUAGAGCCAUCCAAGUGGACAGCAAUCCUAGGUCUGCAUACGACAUUGAAUCUGACUUCUCCUCAAGUAGUCACUCUGUCGAUAGAUCAAAUUGUCAUAAGCCCACUUUACAAUAAACGAAGAAGGGAGAAUGAUAUUGCAAUGAUGCAUCUUGAAUUUAAAGUGAAUUACACAGACUAUAUACAACCUAUUUGUUUACCAGAAGAAAAUCAAGUUUUUCCUCCAGGAAAGAAGUGUUCUAUUGCUGGCUGGGGGAGAGUUAUAUAUCAAGGUCCUACUGCAAAUGUCUUGCAAGAAGCUGAAGUUCCUCUUCUAUCAAAUGAGAAAUGCCAACAACAGAUGCCAGAAUAUAACAUUACUGAAAAUAUGAUAUGUGCAGGCUAUGAAGAAGGAGGAAUAGAUACUUGUCAGGGGGAUUCAGGAGGACCAUUAAUGUGCCAAGAAGACAACAGAUGGUUCCUUGCUGGUGUGACAUCAUUUGGAUACCAAUGUGCACGGCCUAAUCGGCCAGGGGUGUAUGUCCGGGUCACAGGGCUCACAGAAUGGAUACAAGGUUUUCUAUAUUAGAGCAUUUCUUAAACCAAACAUGAAAGUCAAGUAGUUUUCCCAUUCUACUCUAAGGAUCAUAAAAAUUGAGAAUUUUGUUUAAAAAAAUUAAAAAGUUACCAAAAACCUUUAUUCCUAAGCCACCAAAAAGUUAGAGGGAAAUAAAACAAACAAAAAUAAAAUUAAUCUUUGCAAUACAAAGUAACUUUAAAAAAAAUGCAUUUUGAUUUCAUUAUGAAUAGCUAUUCCUUCACAGAUAUAAUUUCCUUUGUCCUUAAUCAUCAUUUUUAUCAUUUUCUGUUCAUUUAAAGGGAUGUUAUUUUAAAGCACACACCAUACACUUAAUAAAGGCUGAGCAAAAUUAGAAAAAGAUGUGAAAUAAAUUGUUUUGUCCAAAGUAUUUAUUAUCUAAAAUAAACUACUAUAAAUUGUCUAGUUCCAGUUUAGCUUAUUAUUAUCAGAAUCUCAAUAGUUUUCUUGAUUUUAAUCCAAACACAUAUUAUUUCAAAUUAAGCAUAACCUUAAAAUUUUUGCCACUCAUAAAAAAUAUUUAUUGUAAGCUCAUGUCACAGACCUGGACUAAAUUUGUUUGACAUUACUCUCAAAUAAACUAAUUAAAUAAGAAAUAGGCAUAAGUCUAUAUAUCAUUCUAGCAUCAAACUAAACGCAAAUUAACUGAUAUGGUCAUUUUAUAUCAAAUAAGUUUUUACCUAGAUUAUGCAUAUUUUCCAUUUAUUUCAAGCUAGUAUUUUUUAAGUCUCCAAAACAUCAGACAUAUCAAAGCAAUGCAACUAUUACAGAUGUUUUUCUUGAUUGAUGUGUGUAACAGUGGAUAGUUCUAACAUGUGAAAAACUUAUUUAGACACAGCUGAAUUGCCAUUUGAAAGCCAAAAAUGUGUAAUAAAUGAAUUUGCUUCACUU